CGCGCGGGAGCGGGAGCGGCCCGGGGAGCCCGAGCGCGCCAUGGAGGCAGCGGCGGGUGGCCGCGGCGGCUUCCAGCCGCACCCGGGUCUGCAGAAGACGCUGGAGCAGUUCCACCUGAGCUCCAUGAGCUCGCUUGGCGGCCCGGCCGCCUUCUCGGCGCGCUGGGCGCAGGAGGCCUACAAGAAGGAGAGCGCCAAGGAGGCGGGCGCGGCCGCGGUGCCUGCGCCGGUGCCCGCGGCCGCCGAGCCGCCGCCCGUGCUGCACCUGCCCACCAUCCAGCCGCCGCCUCCCGUGCUGCCCGGGCCCUUCUUCAUGCCGUCCGACCGCUCCACCGAGCGCUGCGAGACCGUGCUGGAGGGCGAGACCAUCUCGUGUUUCGUGGUGGGCGGCGAGAAGCGCCUUUGCCUGCCGCAGAUCCUCAACUCCGUGCUGCGCGACUUCUCGCUGCAGCAGAUCAACUCGGUGUGCGACGAGCUGCACAUCUACUGCUCGCGCUGCACGGCCGACCAGCUGGAGAUCCUCAAAGUCAUGGGCAUCCUGCCCUUCUCCGCGCCCUCGUGCGGGCUCAUCACCAAGACGGACGCCGAGCGCCUGUGCAACGCGCUGCUCUACGGCGGCGCCUAUCCGCCGCCCUGCAAGAAGGAGCUGGCGGCCAGCCUGGCGCUGGGCCUGGAGCUCAGCGAGCGCAGCGUCCGAGUGUACCACGAGUGCUUCGGCAAGUGCAAGGGGCUGCUGGUGCCCGAGCUCUACAGCAGCCCCAGCGCGGCCUGCAUCCAGUGCCUCGACUGCCGCCUCAUGUACCCUCCGCACAAGUUCGUGGUUCACUCGCACAAGGCCCUGGAGAACCGGACCUGCCACUGGGGCUUCGACUCCGCCAACUGGCGGGCCUACAUCCUGCUGAGCCAGGACUACACGGGCAAGGAGGAGCAGGCGCGCCUGGGUCGCUGCCUGGACGACGUAAAGGAGAAGUUUGACUAUGGCAACAAGUACAAGCGGCGGGUGCCUCGGGUGUCCUCCGAGCCCCCGGCUUCCAUAAGACCCAAAACAGACGCCACCUCCUCCCAGUGCCCUGCGUCGUCUGAGAAGGACAAGCAGUCUAAUUGGCUGCGGACCUUGGCUGGUUCCUCCAAUAAGAGCCUGGGCUGCGUCCACCCUCGCCAGCGCCUCUCUGCUUUCCGGCCCUGGUCCCCUGCGGUCUCAGCAAGCGAGAAAGAGCUCUCCCCGCACCUCCCGGCCCUGAUCCGAGACAGCUUUUACUCCUACAAGAGCUUCGAGACGGCCGUGGCCCCCAACGUGGCCCUCGCGCCACCAGCCCAGCAGAAGGUGGUGAGCCCACCGUGCACCACUGUCGUCUCCCGGGCCCCUGAGCCUCUCGCCACCUGCAUCCAGCCGCGGAAGCGGAAGCUGACCGCUGACACCCCGGGAGCCCCAGAGCCACUGGCCCCCGUAGCUGCCCCCGAAGAGGACAAGGACUCGGAGGCCGAGGUCGAAGUCGAGAGCAGAGAGGAGUUCACUUCCUCCUUGUCCUCGCUGUCCUCGCCGUCCUUCGCCUCGUCCAGCUCUGCCAAGGACCUGAGCUCCCCAGGAGUGCACGCCCCGCCCGCAGCCGCCCCCGAUGCUGCGGCCCACGGGGACGCCCCGGGCGGGCUGGAGGCUGAGCUGGAACACCUCCGGCAGGCCCUGGAGGGCGGCCUGGACACACGGGAAGCCAAGGAGAAGUUCCUGCACGAGGUGGUGAAGAUGCGCGUGAAGCAGGAGGAGAAGCUGAGCGCGGCCCUGCAGGCCAAGCGCAGCCUGCACCAGGAGCUGGAGUUCCUGCGUGUGGCCAAGAAGGAGAAGCUGCGGGAGGCCACCGAGGCCAAGCGCAGCCUGCGGAAGGAGAUCGAGCGCCUGCGUGCUGAGAACGAGAAGAAGAUGAAGGAGGCCAACGAGUCCCGCGUGCGCCUGAAGCGGGAGCUGGAGCAGGCGCGGCAGGUGCGGGUGUGCGACAAGGGCUGCGAGGCCGGCCGCCUGCGCGCCAAGUACUCGGCUCAGAUCGAGGACCUGCAGCUGAAGCUGCAGCACGCGGAGGCGGACCGCGAGCAGCUGCGGGCAGACCUGCUGCGCGAGCGCGAGGCGCGGGAGCACCUGGAGAAGGUGGUGAAGGAGCUGCAGGAGCAGCUGUGGCCUCGGCCCCGCCCCGAGGACGCGGGCGGCGAGGGCACUGCCGAGCCGGAGCCCUAGCCGAGGCCGCCCGUGCCAGGUGCCCACAUGGCUUGGGCGCGGCGGCCCGGCAGGGGUGCGGGCGCGCUCUGCCUCACAGCACAACGUCUCUACCGUGCCUACUGCCAAGUGAGUGUUGCAACCACAUACUUUUGGAGUCCACUGCAAAGUUUUCUACUGGCCACGUUCAGGUGAGCAGGCCGCCUCCAGCCGCAGCUGGGCGAGCCGGCUGGGCGGCUCAGCAGGCCUCGCUCGCCAGGACGUUCUAACAUUCACACUUUUGUUAUAAGCUAUUUAAAGCCAACAAGGAGACUUGACGUUCAGAAAGCCAACACGUUUUUUAACGACUGACCGCGGAGCACACCGUCGCCACGUGAGGCCCACGUGGCAGGUGGCCUGCGCCGCCCGGAAGCCAUCACUGCUCGUCUGCGCCCGCGGCCGUGGGGACGGCAAGGGUUUUUCUUCAGAGUCUAUUUUUUCAGCAACAAGGACCCGGGUCUUCCUGCUGCCGCCAGGAGGAGCAGGGAGAACCCGCGUGCGAGACGAGCCCAGCACUGCCCGCCUUACGCCGCUGCCUGCGGCCACGCCGCUGCGCCAGGCCCCAGGAAGCAGAGCCGCGCGGUCGAGGGACACGGCCGGCCCUGGGCUCCGCCCGCGGCUCCACCACCGCCGCCAUCGCGAGGUGCUGGCCCGCGUCGGGCAUGGCGCGGCGGGCGGGUGCACCCUCGGCCCAGGAGCACAUGCUCGGCCCAGCAGCCCCUUCCAGCAGGCCACGGCGCCCCCGUUUGGGACUGAGGCUGCAGCAUUGGAACAAAACACAGCAUUAUAUCACUUUUUUUAUUUGUUCAUUUAAAGGUAUAUUUAGAACUGCACUUUGUCAGAGACCUGCCCUCUCUUUCUACUCCUGGUUAACUAAGGUUUUUACCGAUUUCUAGAGCAGUCAAACCCUAAGUGCUGAGUGCUUGGAAUCCCCUCUGGUGCUUGGUUGAACAAGGGAAUCACAAGAAACGAAACGCAGAAGCUGAACUUGGGGGUCGCUCUGUGCCUUCCAGCGUCCUGUACAGCCAACCCCGACUCGUCUUCUCACCCCCAAAGCAUCGUCUUCAGCAGCGACUGAAUCCGCCACUGUCAGGAUAGGUUCCUUGCAUUUAUUCCAAAUGAUCUCGUUUACCCUCCGCUGUUAUGCAGUUGUAUACGGUCUCCGUGCCCAAGCUUGAAAGAGGAGUGUCUAGCAGACAGAAGCGGCCCCCUCUGAAGCUGUGGUAUUCAUCACGUGGGAGAUGGCAGGAGCCCGUGCUCGAGUCCCGGUGCCGGGGCCCUGCGUGUGAGGGAGGCAGGGACCGUGUGUGCAGGUGCCAACGGCCGCGACACCGCCUGCCGCCGGCAGCGAUCAGCAAAGACCAGAGACUGCUAAACCCUGACGCCCGGGUGACAAAAUUGCCUGUGGGGUGUUGCCCUGGGUUUACUGAGGGGGCUCGGUGGCUGCCGGCCCCCCUUCUGAAGUGCAAUGCAAAAGGGACAUCACGUACGGGCAGCAUUUGUUUGGGGUUUUCUUUUGCUUUGCUUUUCCUUUUGCAGUUACGAGACCUGUAUGCAUGGGGUGCCGCGCCCUGCCGUAGGUAGACCCGUCCAUGGGCAUUAUUACCGUGUCUUGUAAAGGGUCCGUUUUGUUACGCAGCACGCAGAACGCUGUUUUCAGCCAUGUUUUUCCAGAAUUGUGUUUUUUCAGCCAUUUCUUGAAGGGAAACUAAAGGAUUCAGUUGGAGCAAAGCUUUAAGUGUGUGGCGUGCUUGUGUGUGGCUCUUGCCAGGUCUGCGGGUCACAGUGAGGCAGGCCUGCCGAGCCUUGGGCUGCAGAGGGACACGUUGCUCUCAGCCCUUCGGGGCAGAGCCUCCUGGCCCUGGUUGGUCACCAUGGUACUCAGGCCCUCGCCACGUGGUGGAGACUCCCCGCAUGCCUGCUGGCCCUGGGAAGGCCCUGUUGUCUCAAGCUCUGUCCCACCUGGGCCCGUGCCUGCCACCACCUCCCGCCAGAGCCAGUGAGAGGAGGACAAGGCGGGCUCCUUCACCAGCAGCUUGCGCUCGCCCUCCCGGGCAGCUCGGCCGCCACCGCCUGGUUCCCCGUCCCUGCCCCGGGCCAGGUGGCGGGGUGCUGGUGGUCCCUGCCGCUUCCCUCCAGGGGCAGCCCUGGCCCUGCUGCAGGCCGCUGGACCAGGCGUCCCGGCCCCGGCCCGCCCCCCUGCCAGUGAGGUACAAGCCAGUUCUUUCCAUCAGAGGGAGAAGAGGUAUCUUGCAUGGCUGUUGACUCUCCCCGUGUGUAGCCCGUUGUCUGGGUGACUGUCCGGCUUCAUCGCUCGUUGUUUCCAUGCGAAAGAAGAUUCUUAACGAAGGGAAAAACAACAGCAAUAACAUCCGUGUCUGGAGCAGCUAACCCGUCCCGAGCCCUGCUUUCCUACAGACUAGCCGCUGUAGUGCAGCCGACGUGUACAGACUGUCUCGUUUUACACCCUUGUAUUAUACCUGUAUAUGGUGGUUCCUUUUCCAGAAACUUUUCUUACCUGUUGUCUUAUUUUCUGGGUUGUUUUUAACUGAGGAAAAAAAUGCUCAUCUGCUAGAGGGGACGGAGCAGCCCCUGGGCUGUGCUUCCGGCCGGCCCUCCUGACCCCUAGGACCCAGGUCUGGGGGACCCUUGCCACCCGCCCUCACC